AUGUUAAUCAUAUUGAAUGUCGUAAUUAGCUUUUUUUUGAUAAAUUUUUUUUUACUUAUCAAUGCAGUAACCUAUUCAGACAGACAUGAUUAUGAUGCAUAUGGAAUACGUAUAGCUAGUACAAAUGAUUUUGUCGUCCUUGCUCAAAAUGAUGGUCUUCGUUAUACAGUUUCAAUGGCUCCAUUUGAAUUGGAAUAUGUAUGCAAUUAUAAUUAUAGUACAUCAAAUGAUUUUGUCAUUAGUAUAGCUACUGGUCGACGACAAAAUUCUUCACAAUUAUCAUUUGUUUAUUUACAAACAAAUACAACAAAUGGACAAUAUCAAAAACUAGGUUUAUUUACAUUUUCACGUGAAAACAAAAGUACUUCACGAAGUAGUUUAUGCCGUCGAAUGUUAAAUAUAAAUGAAGGUGGACAUGAUGUGAAAGUUUGGAAUGGUAAUCAAUCUGAUUUGUCAACAUUAAAAGUUGAUCCUUAUGGAAAAUAUGCAUAUGGUUUUCUUUCACAAAAUAUUUUUAUUUAUGAUAUUGAAAAUAAUUAUGUAAAAGAUCUUUCAUGGAAUGAUGUGUUUUCAUCGAUAACUGUUAAUCCUCAUGCAUUAGAUAUAGGUGACACAAAUGAUGGGUUUUCAAUGGCAAUUAUCGCUGGUUAUUACGAUACUGAUAUUGAAAAAACUCUACCAGCUGUUUAUCUUGUUCGUUUAAAUCCUCCUUAUAAUAUGACUUUUGUUGAUAAUUACACUUUGCAUUCUGAUAAUCAAAAGUUUGUUCGUGGACGUUAUGCUUCCACUUAUCAAUAUGAUUAUGUUAUGUCUGUCUCAAUUCAUGAUUCAACUCAACAAGUUCUUGUUAGUGUUCCACAAUUACGUAAAACAUAUCUAUUUUUAUUUAAUAGUACAAAUUUAACAUUAAUUAAUACAUUCAAUUAUCCAGCACGUUCAACUAGUUGGCUUGAUGAUAAUGGCAUAGAAGCUGGUUUACUUCUCAGUGAUGAAUCUACACUUCCUUGGGCACAAUCUCGAUUAGAAGUAGUUAAUAUAUCUUCUAAUAAUGCAUUAUAUGUUUAUCCUAAUAAUCAACAAACGUUAGAACAAUGGUCAAGUACGCCUCCAACAUUUAUUCGUUUAACAAAAACAUACGAUAAUCAAUUAGCUAUACUUACAACAGAUGGAAUUGUAGUGUUAAUUCGUUCAGCUGAUGCAGGUUACUAUAUGAAAACGGAUGAUAUUAAUUCUCCAUCACAACGUCCAAACGCAUGUCCACGUGGAACUUAUAAAAGUAUUCGAGGUCCAACACCAUGUACGAUAUGUCCGAUAAUGACGAAGAGUUCUUCUAUUAGUGUAGCAUCUAAUUCAUUGAAUGACACGAAUGUCGUAUAUCCGACUAUUAAUUGUACUGCUUGUUUGUCAGAUUCUUUUUGUCCUCUCGGAUCUGUCAGUGAUGUCAAUAAAUCAACUAUUCAAUUGAUCAGUCAAGCUUAUGCUUAUCCUUCAUCAUCUUCAAUAUCAUCAUUUGAUGAUAUUCUCAUAGAAAAUACAUUUAGUCUACAAACAACAUCUAAUCGAUGUCUUCUCAUUUCACCGUUUUUUUGGGCUUUAAUUACAUUAUGUAUUGCUUUUAUUGUUCUACUUAUCAUGGGAAUUUUACAUUGUUCUCCAACAGGAAAGAAGCAUUUUCAGCGUAUUGAAUGUAUAUUGCGUCAUUCUGACCUUAUUGGAAAUGGAGAAUUAUGGUUUGGCGGACUUGUUUCAUUUUCUGUCAUCGUUCUUAUCGUGUAUAGUUUUUGGUUUGGUACAGUUUUUUUUAUAGAAUAUCCAAUAGAAACAUCAAAUGAUGCUUAUUUUGCAUGUGAUACAUCAUUAAGAAAUAUUAAAUUUAGUUCAGCACUACAAUUAUUGGCUACAAUUAAAUCCGAUGAAGAAACACCUAUAUUUGAUUUACUUGAUAAACAAGAAUUUACUAUGACAGUUAAUUUUAUACAGACAGGUUUUACUUGUAAUGAUAUUGCUGCACAGGAAAAUGUUGGUACUUAUUCUGUUGAAUUACCACGUGGCAAUUGUUCAACACAACCAGAUAAUGCUACGCUAACUGUCGUAUACCGUGUCCCUUAUCAUCAAAUAACUAUUCAAAUAAAUUUAACAGGUUCGUAUUAUAUUGGUGGCAUUCUCAUAUGUCUUACGGGUCCUCUUUCUACGAAAAAUGAUUCAGCAUAUGUCGUUCAAAAGCUAGACUAUUGUCAACCGUUUUAUACAUUCGAUCAAACUAUUGGUCAAACAACAGAAAUCAAUUUUGCUCUUACAAAAGUCAUUAAUCGAACAGAAUCAUUAGAUUAUAGUGAUUUAACUAAUUAUAGUGGUAUAUGGAUUCCAACAUCAACUCACGGAUCACUCAAUGAUCGUCUUGUUUAUUUACAACGAGGCACAUUUCUUCGUUAUUUAUCUACACAACAUACACUUAUAAUUAGUUUUAGUGAAACACAAUUUUAUGUCAUCAAUAAACAACAACCAAUAGCACGAAGGGGUGAAAUUAUUUUUCAUAAUAUACUUUUCACAACGACUGUUAUUGUGACAUGGAUUAUAAAACACGACAAAUUUUUAUUAAAACUUUGCCAAUUAAGAAAGGCAAGACUGGCAGGAAAAAAAUAUCUAUUUUAA